UGUGGUAAAGAGGCAGCAGAGAUAGGUGGAGGAGAUAAGAUUAUAUAGUCUUACUGAAGAGGCUGCUGAGCCAUCUCUUGUGGUUUCGAAGGAAGAAAAAUGGCAUCAGCAUCCGCAACUCUCCUCAAGUCUUCCCCUGUCCUUGACAAGUCUGAGUGGGUAAAAGGCCAAUCCAUUCCCCAGCCUUCAGUUUCGGCCGUAAGGUGCCACCGGACUGCUGCCCCCUCUGCCCUCACUGUCCGCGCUAGCUCCUAUGCUGAUGAGCUUGUCAAGACUGCGAAAACCGUUGCAUCACCAGGGCGUGGUAUUUUGGCCAUGGAUGAAUCCAAUGCUACAUGCGGGAAGCGUCUUGCUUCAAUUGGGCUAGAGAAUACUGAGGCUAACCGCCAGGCAUACCGUACCCUGCUUGUGAGCGCUCCUGGACUCGGCCAGUACAUCUCUGGUGCCAUCCUGUUUGAGGAGACUCUUUACCAAUCCACCACCGGUGGCAAGAAGAUGGUCGAUGUUCUUGUUGAGCAAAACAUUGUUCCUGGUAUCAAAGUCGACAAGGGUUUGGUGCCUCUUCCUGGCUCCAACCAAGAGUCAUGGUGCCAAGGUCUUGAUGGCCUUGCUUCCCGCUCUGCUGCCUACUACCAACAGGGUGCUCGUUUUGCCAAAUGGCGUACUGUUGUGAGCAUUCCCAAUGGCCCAUCUGCCUUGGCAGUGAAGGAAGCAGCUUGGGGACUCGCCCGCUAUGCUGCUAUUACUCAAGACAAUGGGUUGGUCCCAAUUGUGGAGCCAGAGAUAUUGCUUGAUGGUGAACACGGAAUUGAUAGGACUUUUGAGGUCGCCCAGAAGGUUUGGGCUGAGGUUUUCUACUACCUUGCUGAGAACAAUGUCAUGUUUGAGGGCAGACCUGAGAAUGUUAAGGCUGCUCAGGAGACACUGCUUGUUCGUGCCAAGGCCAACUCACUUGCUCAGCUUGGCAAAUACACUGGUGAGGGAGAGUCAGAGGAGGCAAAGAAAGGAAUGUUCGUCAAGGGCUACGUCUACUAAGCUGUUGCAUGAAAAGCUCUAUGGACAAGAUGGUCGAGAGACCGAGAGCUAGUUUGUUCUCUCAAUGUGUUAAAGAUUUAUAGCCUUAGAGACUAUUUUUGUUUUUGAUUACAUGUACUUUUUAGCCACUUAAUAUUCAGCUGUUAAACUUUAAAGAAUAACUGUUGGAUCGAAUCAAAAUCACCCUUUUCA